AUGGCGGCGACAAAGCAGCAAGAAGUCUUGCCCGUGUUGGAGCAAAUGCCCAUUCAGUUUUCACACCGUGUGAUCAUGAGCUGCAUUGAAGAAAUCAAGCUGCGAGUCGAGGCGGCGCUGUCGAUGCUGGCGAACCCUCAGAAGGCACAUCUGUUCUCGGUCAAGAUGAUGCGCAUCGAUACCGUCGCUGGCCUGCUGACCACAGCCCUCUCACGCACCUAUCCACCGCUCUUGCCCCCGCACAUCCAGGAGAUGUUUCAGAACCCCAAUGGCCGCUUCUUCUUCGAGUUGCUGGGCAUGCUUCCAGAACUGAACCGAUACCUCUUUGUCGAGAUCCUGGAUGUCUGCUGCGCACUGGUGGAUCAACAAAAACACAACCAAAUCUCACACUCAAAACUCGCAGUCUUCCCCGGAUCAUGCUGUUUCGGCCUCAACGAGUACAGGCCCAACUUGGACACUCGGUUUCUGAUGAGUGCUGACCUGCGUCGGUUCUCGUCUGCUUUCUAUCAUGCCAUCUAUGCUUACCGCGAGGAGCGUGAUCUGACCGAGGAAGAGUUGCAGGGGAAGCUAGAGCAGCGUGCUAGGGUGAUGGAGAUGGAGCGACAGGCGGCUUUGGAACGCGAGCAUGGAUACCGCGGCGCGCAGGCGAUUUUGAGGAUGGAGGCAAGGAUAGCUCAGGGUCUGCCUGCAGAGUCGCCGACGACGAUGCGGGAGAUUUCGUUGUAUUCCGAUAGGAAAGAAAAGGUUGUUGCGGAUGAUGCAAUUUCGCUUUUUGAUAUGGAGCUGGAUGAUGGUGAGGAGGGCGUUGCACGUGUGCCUGAUCUGGAUUGUGUUGCGGAGGAGGAUGAAGAGUCCGAAGAGGAGGAGGAGAAUGCGCAGUUGGUGUUGAAGGAUCUGAGAAGGAGCAAGUCUGUUGCCUCGUUGGGUGGAUCCCGAUAUGAGAACCAGCCUCGGUCGUCGACUUCUUCAGCAAGGAGCUCGGGAUCCAUCUCGACCGCUCCCACAUCCGUUGGACCCUCUUCGCCGCGACAACUUGCGCAGCAGAGGCAGUACUAUCAGCAAAACGGGUAUCUCUCGCCUACCUCCUCGGCCAUGCCUACCUCGCCCUUGUCACCAACUCAUGGUGCCAGUCUCUUGUCGCGGUCGAAUACUCUUGCCCGCUCGGUCUCGCUCAAGUUCCACCCGGUCUCGCCUGGCGAUAUCUUUGGAAUCAGUCAGCGUGCGGUCGAAAAGCGUGAGCUCGAGGGCUUCUUGGCAGUUGCUAGGACGACGAUUACGCGCAAGAAAGCCGCGUCCAGGAAGCGAUCCAUGCAGCAGCGUCAGAUGUCCAAGAUGAGAACCUUGACCGGUGCUGAGCCUUUGAGGACUACCACCGCUAUCCAUGCAGUUCCCACCAUGCCGGCGACACGUCGUCAAAGGGUCAGGAAUCAGACUGUUCCUUCUUUUGCUGAUGGACAAGGUGUGUCUCCACAGGCCUUCGCCUCGUCGACCAUUGCGGCCUCGGUCCUUCGCCGUGAGCGAUCCAAGAAGACCCGCAAAGCGCUUGCGGAUUACUUGGCCAAGGGCAUGACCUUUAAUGAUGCCCUCCAAGCUCGCGAGGUCGAUGUUAAGAAGCAAAAGCGUAAGGAGAAGCGUGCUCAACAAAAGGCCCUUGCCAAGGCUGAGACCGAGCGUGAGGCAGCAGCAGCAGCAGCGAUUGCUGACGCGAUCUCGCAGCGUGGUUGGAACCAUGGUGGCGGUUUGUCGGCGACCGAGUUGAUGGAGGAGGAGGCCGAGAUCUUGGAGGCGUUUGAUUACCUGAGCGAUGCUGAGUUCCAGGAGUUUAUGGAUCUUGCUGGCCUGACGAUGGAGGAUGUCCAGGCGAUCCGUGAAAAGUCUGUGGCGUUGUCUGUCAGCAAGGUUGCAGAGGAUAUUGUCAAGAACCCUGUUGACGACGUCGUUGUUCCAGUGGUUGCUCCUAUCUCGUACAACAAUGACAGCGAGUCGACGUCGGAGGAGGACGAUGAGGAGAUUGUCUUUAACCACCAGCGUCGUCGUCAAGCUUCGAUGGUCGCCGAGUUGGCUUCUGCUCCAGCAAUGGCGGACGACACUCGUGUUGAGCCACGACCCUUCAGGAUCCCCCACAUGACCUCGAUGGACCUGUUGUUCAAGCACGCCUCGGUCGUCGGUGACGCCAACUUGCGUCUGUAUCCCACUCGUCCCUCCAGCCCCACCAUCUCGGAUUACGAGUCUGACUCUAUGCACGGUGGUCUUUUGUCCCGCGCUGCAUCUGUGAUGCGCAAGCAUCAGACCGGUGCCGAUUGUGACGACGAUGAGGACGAAAAUGUCACCUCCCCACCCUUCUCUGCCGCCGCUCUCCGUCGCUCGAUGCCUUCUGCCACCGAUGGUGCACCAUCGACCCCAUACGCGACGCGCCCCAUCUCCAAGCAGAGUCCAUAUGUAACGGCACCCACCCACAAUAACCACCGUCAGGAGCCUCAGGAGAUGGUCUUGAAUGCUCCUCAGCAACAGAUCAACAACCACACCCACCACAAGCAGCUCCAAACCGUCGCCGCUAUCACCAUUGCCGCCCCCGUCCCUGCUCCCGUCCCUGUUCCUUCGAACCUGUUCCAGUUCGAGACCGUUGUCGACUACUCGGAUGAGGAUGAGUACUAUGAGGAAGAAGAGGAGAUUAUGGUCUUUACCUCUAGUCAGCAGCAGAUGCAGCAGCAGGUAGUCGUUGAGACGAAGGAGGAGACAGAGGACGAGGCCGAGUUGAGGGAAUUGUUGGAGUCGAUGUCUGAGGAGGAGCGGUUCGAGUUCUUGAGGCUGAGCCAUCAGGAUUCUGCGAUGCCACUCGCUCAAAGUGUCCUCGUCGGUGGUCGCUAA